GUGAGAAAAUUGUGGUGAUAAGUCGGCUCUUACCGGACACAUGCGGAGCUUGCGUCCUCAAAAAGGCAGCUGCGACUUCCUUGGCUCCUCCAUGGCUUCCGUCAGAGACACUGGCGGUCACCACACCCCUCCGACUUUCAGGUGUCCCGCCGCCGAUCGCUGGUACGUGUCUGAACACACGAUGGAGUGUCAGCUCCUUCGGGACGGAUUGAAACCUCAGAAGGCAAAAGGUGUUGCGACUUGUCGGCGAGGAGAGAGAGAGGAGAGGAUCCUGAUGAAGUGGAGGUCAUGUGACUGGAGGAGGGAGGCGGAGCCUGUGUUUACCUUUACCUGCCGGCAGCCUUUCACACAUUGUGAUGCUCUCCUCAGCGCGGGACUAGAAGCAGCUCGGAGAUGUUCUCCGCUCUCCUGCCCGCCGUCUUCCGAUCGUCCCAGUUUUUCCCCGCCUUCCCGCCCCGGCCGCCCUUCCUGAUCCCGGGGCCCUUCGUCAGCUAUGAGACCCUGAGGACUUACCUGCAGCCCGAGCCCUGCAAGGAGGUGCUGCUCCUGGCCUCGCAGGCCAUGGUCAACAUGGGUCGGCUGGCCGAGGGCAUGGACGAGCAGCGGCCGGUGAAGCAGCGUCGCGCCCGCGCCAACUACAGCAGCUGGCAGCUGGAGGAGCUGGAGAAGGCCUUCGAGACCUCGCACUACCCGGACGUCUUCAUGAGGGAGGCCCUGGCCCUCAGACUAGACCUCAUCGAGGCCAGAGUGCAGGUUUGGUUCCAGAACCGCCGCGCCAAGAUGAGGCGCCAGCUGAAGCUCCGAGGUCAGUGUGUGGAUCUUCACCCCAAGGGAGAAGACGCCGACACGCCGGAAAAAAACGCCGGGGGUUCAAAACAUCACGCGGCUUCCGACAGCGAGCGCUGGACCGCAGGACAGGAAGAGGACGACGACGACGACGACUACCCGUGGACAAAAGCCGCCGGUCAGAGGUGGGAGAAGUGGGAGGGGCCCAGCUCGGAGCAGCUGCGCUCGUGCAGCAUCGCCAAGCUGAGGGCCAAAGCCAGGGCGCACGAGGCCGAGAUCCACGGCGCCGCCAACGCGGACGAUUGAUGCGUUUCCCGCUUCCUGUUUACGCACACGGCGACGCCAUCAAGACUCUUAAACGCCUUUGUAUAAACUCCCCCGGACACUACAUUAGGUACACCUCGCUCUAAAUAGCCCAUUAUUAUUUUUGUACAAGCGCUUUAAACGGUGGCAGGAAAAUGUUUUAAAUGUUGAAUUCCAUCUUUA